CAAGAUUGUUGACACUUGUGUGUGCGACUCAUCACAGCCACGCCUGUCUCUUCCCCUCCUGGUCUUGCGGCGCGGGUGGACUUGGCAUUCGCUCUUCGCACGGAAGCUCUGCCAUCCUCCCCGAUCCUUUCCCUCGCGAAAUCCCAGCGCCGAGAUGUCAUUCUUUAACACCUCCGCCGCACAGCCGCAGCAGCAGCAGCAGGCGCCGACGCUCAACCUGUUCACGAAUACCGCUGGGAACAACGCGAACAACAACAACAACAAUGCAGGCACGAAUAUAUUUGGAACGAGUAACACGGGCACGACUGGGACAGGCCUUUUUGGGACUGGCGGAGGCGCAGCGACGGGCACAAGUAUCUUCGGUGCCAACAACAACAACAAUAACAACAACGCGCCAGCGCCGGGUGCAGGGACCGGAAUCUUUGGUGCGGCUGUUGGAGCAGGUGCGGGAACUGGGACGGGCCUCUUCGGCGCCAGCAACACCAGCAACGCGCCAGCGACGGGCACAGGGACGGGCACAGGGAUCUUUAGUAGCGGUGGUGGUGGCAUUUUCGGCAACAACAACACGGCAAAUGUCAAUACCAACGUCAACAACAACGCAACAGCACCAGGGACAGGGCUCUUCGGCGCCAACACGGCCGCACCCGGCACGACUCCAGCGCUCGGCGGUGGGCUCUUCGCCAACAGCGCAGCAAAGCCCGCGACGGGACUCUUCGGCAGCAGUACGACGACGCAGCCCACCCCGGGGACAGGGCUCUUCGGUGCCAGCACUGCGGGCACUCAGCCAGCGGCGGGGACGAGUAUCUUUGGCACGUCGAGCGCGCAGCCUGCCGCGGGCACGAGCACGGGGACGGGGACAGGGAUGUUUGGCGGCAGCGGGAUGUUCGGAGCUAAGCCACUUGGGGCGACACAGUCUGCCGGGCCAUUUGGAAACGCGUCCACAAACAAUCUGGCUCCACCACAACAAAAUGCGCUCACCACUUCUGCCCUCGGCGGCGGCGGCGGGACGGUGGACGAGGGGACGCGUCUUCAAGCGCGCAUCGAAGCAUUGUAUCAAGCGUGGAAUCCUAGUUCCCCACAGUGCCGAUUCCAGUAUAUCUUCUACAACCGAGUCGACGCGGGCCGGAUUGCGCAGUACGGGCGACCGCAGAAUGCGCUGAACGAGACGGUCUGGGCGCGAGCUGUCCGAGAUAACCCCGAUCCAGCUACCCUGGUGCCCGCGCUCGCAACGUCCUUCGACGAUCUGAGACAGCGCGUCGACGCCCAAGGCACGCAGGCGGCGGGCCAGGCGAAGCACAUGGAGGAGAUCCAAAAGCGCCUGGCGACGCUGAUAACACACCAAGCGCAGAACCGCGCCCGGCUUGCGAAGGUCUCAGGCGAGCAGGUGCACCUCCUGCAGCGCAUCAUGGCGCUCGUGACGCAUCUGCAUCUGCUCAUCCCUGCGCUGCGCUCAUCUGGCCUGCGCGCGGAGGAGGAGACCGUGCGCGGGUGGCUCGACGAGCUCCGAGACGAGCUGGGACUGGGGGCUGCGAACGGGAAGGGGAACGGGUCUGGCAGACUACGCGGAAAGCUGGGCGAGCUGUGGGCCCUGGUCGGUGCCUUGGGCGCUGCGGCGGGUCGGAAUCAGGCCGGAGGUGCCGAGUGGAAGGUCGUUGACGAGGACGGGCUGGCACGGAUCGCGAUGGUGCUUUCUGAGCAGCAGGCCGGGCUCCAGCACCUCACGAAGAUCCUGCGCAAAGAUCUGGCGGAUCUGGCGGUCGUGUACAAAGAUGCGGACAUUUUGGCCGGUUUGUAAUCCUAUGUGUGAGUUCCCUCGUUGCGGAUAUGCGUGUACCUCGGGUGUGCGCAGAGGAAACAAGAUCUCAUUGCGAGCAAUCAAUACGACAAGUAAU